UCUUGAACAAAUCCCUGUACAACCUUGGCGUUACAAACUCAAAGUCUUUCCUUUGUGUCUGUAAGAAUAUUUUUCAUAUAAGGGGCACUUGGUAGUUUCUCAAGAAAUGCUAGCUAAACAGCGAAUAAAAUAAUAAAUGAGUGGGUUUACCAGUGGGUGGCAAGUAUUGGCAGAACACAAUGAGUAAAGCAGACCUCAGCGAGAGGUAUAUUCCUUUAAUGAAGAUCUGAAUAUGAAUGAGUGCAGACCUCUCCAUCAGGUUGCUUUCACUCAGCCAAACCACCCAAGUCAACACAUCUAAGUAAAACAGGUUGAUUGCUAUGCAAAUGAAGCUUCCAAACAAAGCCCCUAGCAACCGCCUGCCUCCACCGCCAAUCAGCUUGCUUCUCCUAAUCCCCUCCACUAGAGAAUUUCUAGAGCAGUCCUGGGGGUGGGUCCGCCUAAAGGGAAGAGAACAGAUGGGGUGGGCGGGGGCACUGCUGAGUCCAGAGGAGGGGGAAGUAGGUUAGCUCUGAGCCCAGGAGGGCUCCUGGAGGCUUAUUCCGGGUAAAUGGUUGGUCUUCUUGAACCUCAGGAGACCUUACUUCUCAGAUCCCCUUUGCCAACGGGAACACCCUCCGACAUGACCAAGAUGCUGUUGCUCAUCUUUAUCAUGGUCCAUCCAGGGAGGUGUUUCUCUGGGUCUUCUCUCUGCCUGCCAGGAUCCUGUGCUCUCUGGGUGUUCCAGCCCCCUGAGAUUCAUACCCAGGAGGGCACCGCUGCCUUCUUGCCCUGCUCCUUCAAUGCCAGCCGAGGGAAGUUGGCCAUUGGCUCUGUCAUGUGGUACCGGGACAAGGUGGCCCCAGGGAAGGAAGUGAGGAAUGGGACCCCGGAGUUUAGGGGCCGCCUGGCCCCUCUUUCCCCUUCCCGUUUCCUCUGUGACCAUCAGGCCGAGCUGCACAUCUGGGACACCCAAGACUGUGACUCUGGAAUCUACGUGUGCAGGGUGGAGGUGCUGGGCCUAGGUGUUGGGACAGGGAAUGGGACUCUGCUGGUGGUAGAGAAAGGACGUCCUCCGCUAGGGGCCAGCACCAUCCUCCUCCUUCGGGCUGGAUUCUAUGCCUUCAGCUUUAUCUGUGUGGCCAUGGGCAGCACCAUCUAUUACCAAGGCAAAUGCCACCAUCACUGAGAACACGCUGCCACUUACUUCAUAGAUGCCUCUGAUGAGUGAUUCCAGACCCCAGGCAUCCAAUUCUCUUCAAGAGACCCCAAUAAAUUCUCAGCCCUGUCGCUA